CACAUUUAGAAAAAGAAUUUGUAAAUUUAUGGCAAGCACUAAAUAGGUUUAUAAUAUUUAUGCUAUCUACUGAAAAAAAUGGAGAAUAUCAAGCAAUUCAAUUUAAAGAAUUGAAUCAUUCUAGACCUUCUAAAUCAUUGCAAUCAACUUUAAAUGAAAAAGCUUGUUUUACUACUUCUCUACUUGUUGAAGAUGAAAUAUCAACCAAAAGUAUUACACGUACAAAUAUUGAUAACACAUUUUCAAGAUUUGAUAAUAUCAGAAUUUUAAAGGAAAGAAGUUUUUUAAACUUUUAUUUUGACAUUCUUUAUAGUGGAAUAGAAAAAGUACACGAUCUUCAAGCACUUGAAAUAACAGAUAUGGCCCAAAGAUUAAUUGUAGACGACAAGGCUCAUAGAAUUAUGGUAAGAAAAUCUUUUCUAGUUUCAAAGCUCCCUCUUUUAAUUAAGAAAUGGUAUGACAGUUUUGGAAAUGAAAAACAGUUCUAUGAUCCAUUUUUCAAUUGUGCAAAUAUUAAGAAUAUUCAUAGCAGUUAUUCAGAAAAAGAUAUAAGGUAUCUUACUGAUACUUCAUUCAAUAGUAUUGAAAAAGCACUUUAUAUGACUUCUAAAUAUUGCGUAAUUACAAAUCAUCAACAUAUUUUAAAGGAGAUAAUCAAUCAUUGUGUAUCACUCAAAUUAAUAGCACCAGAAAAUAUAAGAAUGUUAAUUAAUGACAGUGUAAUUGACAAUGAAGAAAAUGAGGAUAUAGAAAUUCAAAAAAAUUAUUUUUCAAACUUUUUAGAGAAAAAUCCUGUUGAAUAUGUAGUUAAUUUGGUAAUUUGUCCAAGAUAUCAAGCAGCUGUAAUUAAAGCUGACUUUUUAGAAACAAGUGAACAUUACUUUGGAAAAAUGGACUGUUUGAUAAGAAAUCCAUCAGUUUUGGAUAUUAUACAAUUACACGGGUUUAUACCUGAUGUAUUAGAACGAGUAUUUAUUGAAAUGAGAAAUAUUUUUGAUACCAAAGAGGAUCUACAACAUACAAAGUUUGCUUUGGCAUUUACUCUAUUGUAUAUAAUUGCUGAAAGAUUUGAAUUUAAAAAGGUUAAAGAAAAUAGAGAAAUAUUUUACAUGUUGAUGGAUAGACAUUUUAUUAAUGAAAGCGCUUUGGUACACUUAAAAGAAUGGUUUCAAAACUGGUUUGAGGAUCGUUUGGAUAGAUUUAGUGAAAGUAUUGAAAUUUCUAAUAUUUGCCAAGAUAUACUUAAAGAAUUGUUUUCAGUUUCUGCAAGAAUAGCCCAAGCAGGUUUUGGCGGAGAAGUAGAUAUGGAAGGCAUACAAAAGUUAAGAAGACAAUACUCACCUUCUGUAAUUUUAAAAGCAUCUACUUGUAUGGCCAAGCUGUUUGUUGAAUGGUAUUUUUUAAAACCAGCAGAUUUAGAAUUUAAAUUGGUUCCAAUUCUUUCCUUUUUCCAUGAACAGUUUGGAUAUCAUGUAGAGGUUGGAUUUUCAGCUGGAUUACUUCCAGCAUGUUUGCAAGUGUUUCCUAAUCUUGAAAGUACUAGAGAAAAAAUUCCAGAUCUAGUGGAAUCCAUAUACAAAGCAUUUUUAGCUAAAAAUAGAGAAGUAUUUGGAUUUAAUAUUUCAAGUAUAAUGUUACAUAAUUUACUUGUUCAAUGUGUUCAUACCUGCACACAAAAUAUCAAAUCUUUGGAAAGAAGAAAACCAGUUGUAUUUAAUUAUCACUUACCUACUAUUCAAUCACUUCUUCAUGAAUCUUAUUUAAUUACAGGUUCAAACAUUGAAUGGCAAUUAGCAACUCAAGAAGAUUCCCAAGAAUUACAUCAAGGAAAGGUCUUUCUAUUACCUCCAUUAUUAGGAUUUGGAAAUACAAACGUUAAUCUUUCAUCUUCUGCUUCUUCAGCAGUUGUACAAACAUGGGUUGAACACGAGUUUGAAAAUAUAUAUAGAAGUUUGGCUGUUUCUAGUUUGACUUCUCUAACUACACAGGGUUUUAUAAUGAACUCUACAAUGCGAGUAUCGUUUAAUGUACUUGUGAGAGGUUACAGAGCUAUGGGAGCGCUUAAUUUUCUUAAGUUUUUAUUAGAUCAUAUUUUUGAAUGUUUACUUAAAGAGGAUGAAGAACCUUUUGAUGCCAUAAGAGUAGCUGAGGCCGCAGCAAUAAUGUUCUUUAUAAGUGCUGGUGAGGAUGGUAUUGAUACAUUGUUAAGAGAGGCAACAAACAAUGGAUUAUUUGAAUUUUUACUACAACACCAUCAUGAACAACAUAAGAAUUUUCUUGAGACUGGUGUUCAAAUUUAUAAUAGACCACCAAAUCCUAAAACACCCUCUGUGAAGGGUAUUCAAGCCCUUUCUAAUGUAGAAUAUUUAUACAUAUUGAGCUCAUUGUUUGGCUACUUUACUGUAUUUGUACUUUCAAUUAGAGAACGAAGAUUAUCAAAUAAUGAGGGAAUUCAAAGAUUUAUUUUCCAUCUAAUUGAGGAACACACACACAAGAUUAUUCAUGAGGAAAAACAUUUCAUGACACAUUUUACAUUAUCCUUUUUUGAACAACUAAGCAAAAUACCAAACCUCAUUUUGCAAACACAACAUGUAUUGAAAAAGCAGCCAGAAUGCUUCCCAAAUUUUUGUCAAAUAGUUACAAGAGCAUCAAUUGGAAAUUCUUUUCUUGUUUCAUUUGGUCGAAACUUGGGAUUUUCGGAUGGUUUAGUAUUAACAUUGCUAAAGCAUUUAAUUUCAACAAGUGUUUGCGACAAUGUUGGAGAGUAA